AUGCGCGCUCUCGCCGCGCCGCCGACGCUGCCGCCGCCGCUGCCGCCACAGCUGGCGUCGCUGCUGGCGCUGCUGCUGCUCGCGGGCGUGGCCGCGCCCGCGCCGCUGCCGCCGCCCGCCGCGCCGCCCGCCGGCCUGCUGGUGCUGCGCGCCGCUUGCGCCCACCCCGCCGCCUUCUCCGACGCGCGCCUGCGCAGCCACGCCGCCGCCGCCGGCCGCGCCGCGCCGCUCGCUCGCUACCGCCUGCUCUCCUACGAAGUCGUGGUCGCGUGCGCCUCGCCGGCCGUGCGGCUCGCUCUCCGAUCGAUCCGGACCGCCGUGGUGCUUCUGCGCGUCGCGACCGCCGACGACGCCUCCCCGAUGAGCGAUAUCACGUUAGAUGUAGAACGUUCGCCUUAUAUACGCAAUUAUGUAGGUAUCUCGGAGUCCGCCUCGUCGGAUGUCGGCGAUGCAUCUUCCGGUGACUCCUUAUUUCAUAAGAGUAAACUUCGAACGUCGGCGAUCACGUCCCCGAAUGCGUCACGAAACCCGUCGGACGACGUGACCGUCCUCGCCGCCGCGCUCGACUUGGACGACGACGCGACCGACGAGGGGACGCAGAGAGACAGACCGCCGCGACUGCUCCUGAGCGACGUUCCCCUCGAGCGGCGACCGCAGCCGCCGGCCGUCGAGGACGCGUACGACGAGCUCCUCGAGGCCGUCGAGCGCGAGGCGGCCGCGCGGCUGACGGGCGUCGACACGGCGCGCGGCCAGUUCUACCUGUACGAGCAGCUGGACGACGACGACGAGGACGCGUGGCGGCCCGUAGCCGCCUUCGAGACGCUCGCGACGCGUCGCCUCGACGACGACGAGGACUGGCACGUAGUGGCGACUGUCGGCAACGCGUCAGACGCGUGGCGGCGCUGGGCGGCUCGCGCCGAGCCCGACGAGGCGCACGCGGGCGGCGCGUGGCUGUGGGGCUCCGUGGGCGCCGCGGGCUGCGCCGCCGUGCUGUGUGCGGCGGCGGGCGCGGCGCGGGCCCGGCACCACCGGCGCCGCGGCCGCCGCCGCCGCGGGGACGUGGUGCUGGCCGCCGCCGACUUCACGUUCCCGGCCGAGGAGCCGCGCCGCGUGCCGGACGGCAUGGAGACGAUGCUGUCCUGCUGGCUGCAGCAGUUGCACGAGUUCGGCGGCCCCGAGCUUGAGCGCCCCGACCUGCUGAAGCAGCCGGCGCCGCCCUCCGCGCCCUCCUCCACCGCCUCCGGCAGCCGCCUGGCCCUCGACCGCCGCACGCGCUACAAGGGUGACGCGGUCCACCUCAAGCCACUGAAUCUCGGCUUCGGCGUGACCACGUUGGAGCUGCGCUGCAAGUCCACCGACGUGCUGCUCGUGCUACACGGCCUGCGCCACGAAAACCUCAACCCCUUUAUCGGGUGCCUGUGCGAGACGCGGCCGGCGCUGGUGUGGGACCACUGCGGGCGCGGCUCGCUGGAGGACGUCCUGAUGGCGGAUGACAUCAAGCUGGACUGGACUUUCCGGCUGUCGCUGCUGACGGACCUGGUGAAGGGGCUGCGCUACCUGCACGCGUCGCCUCUACGCGUACACGGCCGCCUGUCCUCGCGCAACUGCUGUGUGGACUCGCGCUGGGUGCUGCGCCUCACCGACCACGGCCUGGCCGACUUCUGGCGUGCGCAGGGGCUGGCGCCGCCGCCGCGGGCCGCGCGCGACCUGCUGUGGACGGCGCCCGAGCUGCUGCGCGCCGGGGCGGCCGCGCGUGGCACGCAGCCCGGCGACGUGUUCUCUUUCGCCAUCAUCAUGCAGGAGGUCAUCGUGCGCGGGGAACCCUACUGCAUGCUGGCGCUCACGCCCGGAGAGAUCAUCGAGAAGCUGUGCCGUCCGCCGCCGCUGAUCCGGCCGUCGGUGUCGAUGGGCGCAGCGCCGCCCGAAGCCGUCAGCCUCAUGCGCCAGUGUUGGGCCGAGCCGCCCGAUAUGCGCCCCGACUGCGACGCGCUCAUCGAUAUCUUCCGCCUGCUCCACCGCGGCAGAAAAAUCAACAUAGUAGACUCCAUGUUCGAGAUGUUGGAGAAGUACAGCAACAACUUGGAGGAGCUGAUCAAAGAGCGCACCGAGCAGCUCGACAUGGAGAAAAAGAAGACGGAGCAGCUGCUCAACAGGAUGCUGCCGCGGUCGGUGGCGGAGCGGUUGGUGCUGGGGCUGCGCGUGGAGCCCGAGGAGUUCGAGGAGGUAUCCAUCUACUUCAGCGACAUCGUUGGCUUCACGGCGUUGGCGGCGCGCUCCACGCCCGUCCAGGUGGUGGCGCUGCUCAACGACCUGUACACCACGUUCGACGCCGCCAUCGAGCGCUACAACGUGUACAAGGUGGAGACUAUCGGCGACGCGUACAUGGUGGUGGGCGGGCUGCCGGUGCGAGCGCGCGACCACGCCGAGGCCGUGGCCACCAUGGCGCUGCACCUGCUGCACCUCGCCGGCGCCUUCCGCAUCCGGCACCUGCCCAGCACGCCGCUGCACCUGCGCAUCGGCCUGCACUCGGGGCCCUGCUGCGCCGCCGUCGUGGGCCUCACUAUGCCGCGUUACUGCCUCUUCGGCGACACCGUCAACACAGCCUCGCGCAUGGAGUCCACCGGAGCGGCAUGGCGCAUCCAGGUGUCGGCGGCGACGGCGGCGCGGCUGGAGGCGGCCGGAGGCUACCGGCUGCGCUCGCGUGGACUCACACAGAUCAAGGGCAAGGGCGUCAUGCACACCUACUGGCUGCUCGGCAAGGACGGCUUCGAGAAGCCGCUCCCGACGCCGCCGCCGCUGCCAUCGGAGGAGGCUCUGCUCGAGCACGAGGCGGAGGGCGACGCGGAAAGUGAGGCGGAGCCGGUACCGGCGCCCGCGUCGCCGCCCGAGACGGUGCCCGAGCCAUGCGCUGCGCCACUGCACAACAAAUAUGCAUGGCAGCGCUCGGGCGCCGUCUCGGCCGACAGCUCGCCGCCCGCCGCGCCGUACUCGCGAUACAGGUACACUCCGCGCGCACUCACGCGGCGCUCGCGCCGACCGCUCGGUCGGCUGUCGCGCCUGACGCUGUCCCUCCGCAGGUGCCUGGGCGGCGGCGGCGGCGGCCGCGUGCUGCGGCGGCAGUGGUCGCUGGAGCGCGGCGAGGCGCUGGCGGCGGCCCGGGCCGCGUCCCCCGACCCCCCCGGCGCCCCCGCGCCGCCCGCGCCGCCCGCGCGCCCGCCGCGCUACCGCACUCGCCCCGACCCGGACGCCGCGGCCUCGUUCGAUUAG